CCCUCACCUUCUUCGAUGACGCCUUGAAGCCUCACCUCACUGCUCCAGCAAGCCACGCCCGUCGUCGACAUGGACUACAACAAGCUCACCGUAGUCCAGCUACGCGCCGAACAGACGCGUCGCGGUCUUUCCAGCUCUGGCAUCAAGCUUAAGAAAGACUUGAUAGCUCGUCUGCAGCAAGACGACGCCGAAAGUGAGGCCAACACGGACGCGAUCCAGCCAGCUGCUCCACCACCAGCAUCACCGCCAGCACCACGGCCAGCGCCACCGCUGCCCCAGGAACCCUCCGAGUACGGCUCAGAUGACCUCUUCGAUGAACUAGAUGCCGAUGCUCUAGUCAGCGCCAGUCAACAGUCUCAAUCAGCUUUUGUCAAAUCAGAGUCCUCGUUCACCAUCCCACCGACUCCCACUCUCAAGCGUCCUGCUCCAAUCGACGAUGACGACGACGACGACUUCGACGACAAUGACAUCUUCAACGAUCCGAAGAUAGAAGACAUAUGGACUUCGUCUCAGCAAGAGAGUCGUAAUGCCCCUCCACCACCAGACAACCCUAGAGACAUUGCUCUAGUCCGCACACUGCUAAGAGAAAAGUUUGGAUACCCUGCCUUUCGCGGCGAACAAGAGAAAAUCAUCCGGGCCAUUUUGAGAGGUGAAAACGCGCUAGCCAUCCUGCCCACUGGCGCGGGCAAGAGCCUGUGUUAUCAGAUCCCGGCAAUUGCUUUCCCAGAAAUGGACAAGCAGAGCGGCAACAUACGCCCACAUGGUGCUGGAAUCACCCUCGUCGUCUCGCCUCUGAUUGCUCUGAUGAAAGACCAGACCGAUGCUUUGAAGAAGAAAGGCAUUGCCGCCGAUUGCUUGGAUUCAACAAAGACGUACGAAGAAAUCCAGGCCAUUCACUCCGAGAUACAUACUGGCCGUCUUCGCUUGUUGUAUGUUUCACCCGAGAAGCUCAACAACGAAGCUUUCGUUGCAAGUAUGAAGCAUGUCGCUGGAGGCAUCCGUCUGAUUGCUGUCGACGAGGCCCACUGCAUUUCUGAAUGGGGCGAGAGUUUCAGGCCCAUGUACAUGCGCGUCUCUCGACUUGCAAAAGACAUCAAAGCGGAAAGAGUCAUCUGUUUGACCGCCACCGCCACUCCCAAAGUCGCCGACGACGUACGAAAGGCAUUUGACAUCCUAGAGCGUAAUGAGUUUCGCACGAGUCCGUAUCGACCAAACCUUAGACUGGAAGCUGUCGCCACAGACUCGACCGAAGCCAAACUUCCCUUGUUGUUCAAAUGGCUUAGAGAGCACCCUGGCAGUACCAUCAUCUAUGUCACACUUCAGAAGCAAGCCGAGACCCUGUGCAAAACACUGCGCCAGAAGUCUUUCGAUGCUGCCUACUAUCAUGCCGGCAUGAAGGUCGAGGAAAAGAUGGCUGUUCAGGACAGCUUCAUGGCUUCCGAGAUUCGUAUCGUCGUCGCUACCAUUGCAUUCGGAAUGGGCGUGGACAAAUCCGAUAUACGGAAUGUGAUUCAUCAUGACCUUCCAUCCUCUAUCGAAGAAUACAGCCAGCAGAUCGGUCGUGCCGGACGAGACGGAGAGCCUGGUUAUUGCAUCAUGUUCCUCUGCCAAGCAGACAUCUACAUACGGCAGAAUUUCGCCCUAGGUGACCUGCCGUCUCGCAAUUCGCUACAGCAAUUGCUCAAGGACGUCUUUAGUCGCAAACCAAUACCGGACAAUGAGGGGGAGGUGCUCAAGUUCACCCUUCGUGAGCUGUCCGGUCUCUAUGACAUUCGUCUCAGUCCGCUCGAUGUCGUCCUGGCCACACUCGAACUCAGGCUUGGUCUCUUGCGCGCUAUAACCCCCGAGUAUACCAGCUAUCAAUUCGAAGACAAAGGACGAUACCAUGCUGCUGCGUCCAGCGACCAUUCUCCUGAGGCUAGAGCAAUCUACUCCAUGUCUACCAAGGCCGUCAAGAACUUCACAUUCGACAUGAGUUCGGCCACUAGAACCGGUCUCAUGCGAGCAGAUCUCGUCAGAAAACUGGACAGCUGGAAUGCCACAGGCGUCAUCAUGUUGAAAACGUCAGGAGUGAUGAACCGCUAUCGGGUGCUCAGACCCUUGCCUAGUGCCGAGGAGGAUAUCGCCGACUUGGCCGAUCAACUUCACGCAGAUAUGGCUCGUCGCGAGCAGGAUUCUCUGGGACGAAUUGAUCAAGUGCUCAAUCUUGUCACUGGACAGGCAUGCUUCGCGCUUGGUCUUGCACAAUACUUUGGCAUGGAGUUGCCUGACUCCAGAAAGUCAUGCGGCCAUUGUACAUUCUGCGCUUGGGGGGCGCCGCCGACGAUGCCUGCAAAGCCUCCUCCGCCGCUCAACGUGGAGGGGAUCAAGAAGGUCUUGGCUGUGUGUCCACAUGACGAUCCUAGACUUCUGGCGCGGGUUGCCUUUGGCAUCAAAAGUCCGCGAAUCACUCAGCUCAAGCUUGACAAGAGCGCGGUGUUUGAGUCGCUGGCCGAUCACGAGUUUAGCACGCUACUCCGAGAAUUCGAGGCUGCUUGUAGAACAGCUGCCCAUGGUCCGCUGAAUGUGGCGCCUACCCCGAUGAAAGUUAAGAGCUCGCCGAGGACUUCAUGGAGCGGAGGUAAGACCAGCAGCUCCAGAGGUCGUGGAGGAAGCAACAGUUACACUCGUGGAAGUAGUAGCUACAGCAAAAGCUAUGGUAGCAGCAGUGGAUACAUGAGGAGAGGUAGCGGCUAUGGAGGAGGCUACAAAAGAGGGCGCAGAUCCUACUAAUGAGUAUGCCGAUGCAGCGAUCGCGCAUUGACAUUGAUGAAGAUGGACAGUGGGUCACAAAAAUGGCUGUACAGACAGAUAUGAUUAACGAAAGCUUCAGUAAUGCCAAUACUACUUGAUGAUGCAUCUUCAUGCAUCCAUCUCUCUCACAUCA